AUGGACCACAAGGUCACCACCGACUACACCCGGCUGCUCGGGAAUGCCAACGUCAAGGUGUAUGUUCGUGCUAGACCUUGUGCAGACGGUCAAAGCGCCCCCGAAGACAUGUUCGAGCGGAAGAAAGAGACUCCUAGUAAUAUCGUGAUCAAGGACACGGAACGGAUGCAAUACGGAAACCACGCCUUUAGCUUCGACAAUAUUUACUGGACAGACACAACUCAAGAAACGUUGUUCGAAGCGACGAGUAAAUGUUUGGUCGACUACGCUUUGAAGGGCAUCAAUAGCUGCUGCUUCGCCUACGGACAAACCGGUUCAGGUAAAACAUUCAGCAUAUUUGGUGAACCUGGCGGAGACAAGGCUGGGCUACUCUCUCGGUCGAUCGAGUAUCUUUUUGACAUGGUGAACCGUCAGCAGAGCAAGUCGAAAGUGCUGACCCUCGUCGUCAGCUUUCUGGAAAUCUACUGCGAUAGAGUCCGUGACCUCGCACGAGCGUACCUCAAGAAAACUGGACGACCAGUCUCGUAUCAGACGUCGAGCAGCGCCGAGUGGUUUCUUCGUCAGCAGCAGCAACAGCAGAUUCCUCGAACUGAGAGUGCUGCAAGGUAUGGCGUCAAUUAA